AUGGUGAGCAGGUACCUCAGGCUUGUUGUUGGUGCGUGCCUGCUGAUAACCGAGAGCCUUAGGGGAGCAGGCAGUGGUGAUAGUGGUGCUGUAUGUGCACAGGCGGGCAGCGUACCUAUGCGUGGCGUUAAAUGCUCUCGGCCGGGGUCUUCCCUUCCUGCAGUCGACGCCCUCGUCCGCUCAAUCACCUUCUGCCCUGUCAAGCAGAUCUACUCCCCACUCUCCCACAUCUCCACGUCUCUACCUUCCCCUCUCCCUGCACUGCACCUCCUGAUUGUCUCCUUCCCUCCCUCUCCCCCCUUUGUGCACGCAUCUUCCCCCCUCCCUCUCCGCCCCUUGUGCACGCAUCUUCCCCCCUCCCUCUCUGCCCCUUGUGCACGCAUCUUCCCCCCUCCCUCUCCGCCCCUUGUGCACGCAUCUUCCCCCCUCCCUCUCACCAGCCACGAUGGGUUCUUCCCAGCAGUUGACUCGCUCAUCCGUGCAAUCACAUUCUGCCACGUCUCUUUCCCUUCCUCUCCGCCCCUUUUGCUCCCGUUUCCCUUCUUCUCAACAGUCACCCUCUUCGACGCCCUCGUCCGCUCAAUCACCUUCUGCCCUGUCAAACAGAUCUACUUCCCCCUCUCCCACCUCUCCACGUCGCUACCUUCCCCUCUCCCUGCACCUCCUAAUGGUCUCCUUCCCUCCCUCUCCGCCCCUUCUGCACUCAUCUCCCCCCACCCCCUCUCAACAGUCAUGACAGUCGACGCCCUCAUCCGCUCAAUCACCUUCUGCCCUGUCAAGCAGAUCUACUUCCCCCUCUCGCUGCACCUCCAAAACGGCUCCUUCCCCAACCGCUCCCCCUUAGACUGCCCUUCUAGCAGCAGCUUUAAAGGCCGCAGGGAUGGGCAGCAAGAGGAGGGGCAGAGAAAAGGGCAGAAAAACGGGCAGGGAAAUGGGCAGAAGGAGGGGCUGGAAAACGGGCAGGAGGAGGGGCAGAAGGAGGAGAGGAAAGAGGAGGGAGCGUGUUUUGGAGACGUGGACCAGAAUGGGCGGUACAGGGAUCCACACUUCGUGGCGUUAAAGGUACAUGCUGUGGGACUAGUCAUUCAGUAA